AUGGCCACAACCACGCUUUAUGAAUAUUCUGUAUCAUCUCAAGUAUUACUCUCUACUGCGAUUGUCUACUUACAAGAUAAUAAAGGUAAUUUACAUCAAUGUAGAGCAGUUUUAGAUUGUGGAUCUCACAUUAACAUCUUAUCACAAAGAAAAGCAACGUUGUUAGAAUUGCUCAGCCAACGUAGUACACUCCAAAUUAGUGGUGUAAAUGGAGUUUCGACAAAACCUUCCAAAUGCUGUCAAGUAUUAAUUAAGUCUCGUCAUUCACAGUUCUCAUCUAUUAUAAACUGUCAGGUUUUGCCAGUCGUCACAAUGCCAUUGCCAGCACUCAACUUAGAUACAUCUUCCUGGUCUAUAUCAACAUCAAUUCAACAGUCACUAGCUGAUCCACAAUUUCAUUCAACGUCCAAUAUUGAUCUACUACUUGGGAAUAAAAUAUUCUUUGAAGUUUUGUUAAGUGAAAAGAUUGCAUUACAAAGAGGCUCACCAUGGUUAUGCAAAACAUUACUAGGCUGGAUUGUGGCCGGAAGGACAAAAAGCCAACCACUAAAAGUUGAUAAAAACCUAAACCUCAUAUCUCAUGUUUAUUUAGUGUUACAAGAUGGAUGUCACCACAUCAAUCGCCCAUCAGAGCUAUUGAAAAUGAAAGUUGUGAAAAAAUUUUCAAGGAUACACAUAAGCGUAUUAGGAGACUCUAACAACAUGGCCGUUCAACGCUUCCUUAGUGUGGAGAAGCGACUCGUGAAAGAUCCAAUACUGCGUUCUAACUAUGUAAACUUUAUGAAUGAAUACCACCUUCUAGGUCAUAUGUCUAAGGUUGACAACCCAGGCACUCAUACUGAAGGGUACUACUACUUGCCACACCAUGCUGUGGUUAAAGAAUCAAGUACAACUACUAAGGUGCGGGUAGUAUUUGACGGUUCGGCCAAGUCAACCACAGGAAAAUCCCUUAUUGACAUUCUAGCUCCAGGCCCAACCACCCAACCAGAACUGUUUGACAUUUUGCUACGCUUGCGAAGCCAUAUAGUUGUUAUCACAGCAGAUGUGGCAAAAAUGUUUCGACAAGUCUGGGUGCACCCACAAGACCGUAAUUACCAAAGAAUCAAGUGGAGAGCCUCCCCAGAACAUCAGUUACAGCACUACCAAUUGAACACAGUUACCUAUGGUACAGAAUCUGCCUCAUUUCUCUCCACCCGUGUGUUGCAAGAAAUAGCAUCAUCCAUAACCUUUAAAAGUUCAACAGCUGCUCAAUCAAUUAAAAGCGACAUUUAUAUGGAAGACUACAUCAGUGGGUCAGAUUCAAUCGAAGAAGCACUAACACUAUUCCGUGAUGUAUCCCAAGCACUAAAUACUGGGGGCAUGAUGCUACGGAAAUGA